AGGAGAUGAGGUGGGGCCCCCGCGGAGGCUUGGCUUGAUCAGAGGCAACAAGUUGUCAGUUCAUCUACUACUCGUCCACGCUGCAGGUGACAGAUGGAUGAAUGGAAAUGCGUGGGGUUUUAUUAACCUCGUUGCCUACAGAGCUCUUUGUCGACAUGGACGGAGUGGAAUAACAGCUUUUGAAGACGUGCAUUGGUGACAAGUGUUUUUUGGAUGGGCUGUUAAUGAUCUGCACAGAGCAGGGACUACUUUCAGUUCGUGAUAUUUUUGGAGGUAUUUGCUGAAGAAUGGCGCUGGCUAGAUUCAGUAAGAUUCUCCGUUUGCCCACUCUUGAUAUUAAAAAGAAAACCAAACAGUACGAGCAUGUCCACCGGGACAUCAAUCCAAACGACCAGUGGGACCUUAUUGGUGAGCUGGGCGACGGCGCCUUUGGGAAAGUAUACAAGGCCUGUAACAAGGAGACGGGUGUUCUGGCUGCAGCCAAAGUGAUUCCAACCAAAUGUGAGGAGGAGCUGGAGGAUUACAUGGUUGAGAUCGAAAUCCUGGCUAAAUGCGACCACCGCUACAUUGUCAAGCUGCUGGAUGCCUAUUACUUCAACAACCAUCUUUGGAUCAUGAUUGAGUUCUGCCCAGGAGGAGCUGUGGAUGCCACAAUGCUCGAGUUGGACCGAGGGCUGACGGAGCCACAGAUAAAGGUGGUCUGUCGGCAGAUGCUGGAGGCUCUGACCUACCUGCACAGCAUGAAGAUCAUCCACAGAGACCUGAAGGCUGGCAACAUCCUCCUCAUGUUGGAAGGGGACAUCAAACUAGCUGAUUUUGGUGUAUCUGCUAAAAACACCAAAACCCUCCAGAGAAGAGAUUCUUUCAUCGGCACGCCAUACUGGAUGGCCCCUGAAGUGGUCAUGUGCGAAACCAUGAAGGAUGCUCCGUAUGACUACAAGGCCGACAUCUGGUCCCUUGGAAUUACUCUAAUCGAGCUUGCUCAGAUAGAGCCUCCACACCAUGACCUCAACCCCAUGAGGGUGCUGCUAAAGAUUGCCAAGGCGGAGCCUCCCAGCCUGGAACAACCAAACAAAUGGUCACCAGAGUUUAAAGAUUUUCUGAAGAGGGCAUUAGACAAGAACCCCGAGACCCGCCCGACAGCAGUGCAUCUCCUGGAGCACCCUUUUGUGAGCUCGGUGACGUCGAACCGCCCGCUGAGGGAGCUGGUGGCCGAGGCCAAGGCUGAAGUCAUGGAGGAAAUCGAAGACAAUAGGGAGGAAGGAGAGGAGGACGACACCUUGGAGCUCACUGUGACCAGUCAGACCAGUUUGGAAGGAGACCAGUCCCCGGAACCCCAGAGCCCCACCACACCCUUCCCAAACACACCACAAUCUCUACUGGAAAAAGGCUUGGAGCCGCCGGGCCCCAUCAUGGCCACCCCUGUUCCCCUACCGAGACACAAUCUCCCCUCUAAGGAUCAGGUGGACUUCGGAGAUAAGCUGGAGUCUGAGAAAUAUGAGAGCGUUGUGUCGAUCAAGACGUCGAGCUCGGACUCUGGCAUCGAGGAUGGGAAGAGCACCCCCACAUCUGAGGAGGAGAAGGUUGCUGUGGAGACUGAACAACUCACGUCUCUCCCACAAUUGGAGGCAUCUGAGGAGAGUGUGGACAUCAUUAUCACUUCCUCGGACCCAGCGCUGCCCAAGAACCAGUUCUCUAUGGACCAGAGCUCAAAUGUUCCCAAUCAUCGUCCAACACCGACCCCAGCACUCGUAUCUGCUGGUCUCUCACCAGCACCUAGCUCCGGACCGAGCAGCAUCCUAAGCAAAAUGAGCGCUGAACGAGUAUCGAUAGGAUCCACUCCCGAAGCGGCCGCACCUUAUAUCAACGGACGGCUCAAUAGUGUACGGCACUCUUACCCGGGCAGCAUGGCGUCGGAGACCAUGGACAGCAUGUUGCUCAACAAGGAGAGCUUCUCUGUGUCUGCAAGGGACUAUUCGCGGAAGACUCUGAAGCGAACCAGGAAGUUUAUGGUUGACGGUGUCGAGGUGAGCGUGACCACCUCUAAGAUCAUCAAGGACGAUGAGAAGAAGGAUGAGGAGAUGAGGUUCCUGAGACGCCAGGAGCUGCGUGAACUGCGUUUUCUCCAGAAGGAGGAGCAGCGAUCUCUGGCUCAACUUCAAGCCAAACUGGAAACACAGAGAGAUCAGAUGCAAAAACGCUUCGACCAGGAAAUGAAUGCCAAGAAGAAGCACUACGACGUGGACCUGGAGAACCUGGAGAAGCACCAGAAGCAGACCAUUGAGAAGAUGGAGGCGGACCACAACAUUAAGCUCAAAGAGGAGACCAAACGCAUCAAAGCAGAGCAGCAGCGCGAGUACCAGAGGUUCCAGGAGCAGCUCAAGCAAAAGAAGAAGGAGUUAAAACAGUCUGUGGACAAGAUGCCCAGGAGUGAGCGCAAGGAAUACUUGAAGCAGUCGAUGCUGUCCUACCAAGAAAGGAAGCUUAAAGAUGAGGAACAAUUCCUGGCAGCCCAGAAGAACUACUUGGACGUAACUCUCAACCAAAUCCUCCUCAACAACAAGAAAGAGAUCGCAGAUACGGAGAAGGAUUGUCUCUACAAGAAGCAGCAGCUGAUCAGAGAUCGUGAAGGUUCAGUAUGGGAAAUGGAGGAGAGGAACAUCUAUGAGAAACACCAGCUGUCAAAGCAGCAGCUCAAAGACCAGUACUUCCUGCAGAGGCACCAACUCCUCAAGAAACACGGCAAGGAGCAGGAGCACAUGCAGUGCUACAACCAGCGCAUGAUCGAGCUUUUGAAAAGUCGGCAGCAACAGGAGAAGAGCCGCCUACCAAAGAUCCAACGCAACGAGGCCAAAACCCGCUUGGCCAUGUUCAAGAAGAGCCUGCGCAUCAACUCCUCAGGCAGCUCCUCUGAGGACAGAGAGAGGAUCAAACAAUUUUCCCAGCAGGAGGAGAAGCGGCAGAAGACCGAGAGGCUGAUCCAGCAGAAGAAACACGAAAACCAGAUGAGGGAAAAGAUCGGCGAGUGCGAUAACAACAUCCGAGAGCUGCAGGAGCUUCAGAAUGAGAAGUGUCACCUGCUGAUUGAGAAUGAGACGCAGCGGCUCAAACAUCUGGACGAACUACACAACCAGCAGCUGAAAGAGUGGCGGGAUCGUCUGAAACCCAGGAAGAAGGCGCUGGAAGAGGAACUGAACAACAAGAGGAAAGAGCAGGAAGCGUUCUUCCGGAUAAAUGACGCGUCAGAAUUCCACAAUCUGGGGUCUGUCAGCAAACUGUCCAAGUUUGUGCCUUAUCCAGACUCGUCCACCACAUAAGCACCACACCUCCUCUUUAUGUCCUUACUAACGUCACGAAGCACAUAUAAGCACCGUAACCCGUAUUGGUAGGAUCAUCUAUCAUGCCUUAGCAUCUGUACACCGGAUCAUUGACACCGUUGAAGUUGAAACACCCCAAAUCAUCAGUUAGCGUGUUCAUACUGAGGUGAUUUUUAUUAGUUAAAAGUUGUAAGAGCCCACAGAGGGAUUGCCUUUUUUGCAAGUUGCAUUUAUUAACAAUGACCGCCUCGUUUUGUCAAGGCAUUUAUGAAGCUCCCAAAAGUAUACGUAAAAAAUAGUUUACAUUCCCGUACGCUUUACUAUUUAGUUUUGUCGUAGCGCUGCCAAAUUAUGUCUUAUUUAUUUUUCCUGACAAUUUAAGCUAAAUUCAUCACUGUACGUUUUAAUUUAAAUAAUUUUCAGAUUAUAAACGGCAUAUGCAGUAUAUUUUAACCAGACGUUAGUGGUAUUGGCUGUGGCUUUUCUUUUAAAUUAUUAUUCAGGACUUUAUCUUUACACACAAAGGGAGAAGCGAUGAAGUCAUGUACGUCGAUAGUUAUUUGCCUUUUAUGUUUUACUGUACAAAUCAGCCACACUGGAUGGAAAUGACUUAAAGCCAAAGCGAAGUACUGUUGUGUUUGUCGGAUUGACCCAUUUAAAACGUGUUGAGUGUACAUUUGUGUUGCAGUCAUUCAGCUGCGUGCUAACCAAAGUGCAAUAUUACUUGUUUAUGUCUUGUUUAGAGCGCAGAGGUCUAUAUCUCCUUUACCCAUUUUGGCCUUCCUAUUGCACUGAGGAGGAGAAUGCGAUGAGGAGUCGCUCUUUAUAAAGGAUGUACAAGUCCAUGCUUCCGAUUAGAUGAUUUUCAAGGGAGUGCAACAAUUCAUUCUGCUGUAAAACCACCUUGCUUGAGUGAAUGCGUUUUCUAGCAGUUUGCCAUCAAUAGUUAGGUACAUCUUAACUCCGCGCUCCUUGAUUAAAUGUGUGUUAUUUUCGGUUGAGGUUACUGUGUCACGCCGUCUUCCUCCCUGCCUCAGUUUGGAUAACAAGGAAUGUAUGGUGGCUUGUGAGUGUGAAUGAAACUGUAUCAGAAGGAACCACUGUUGUAAAUAUCUAAUAAAUGCAGAUUUUUUUUAAAUUACUGGAUUGUUGACUGGACAACUGAUUACUUAUUUUUUUAAGUUACAAAAUGGUGCAUACACUUUUUACCCUUAGCCCCCAAAACAGUCCCUCUCAUAAGGUUUUUCACUUUCACCACAUCAGAUCUUUUCAACACAUUCAUUGUUACAGCCUUGACGAGGUCAACUGAUGUGUUGCUAGGGCUGUGAAACGAUUAGACAUUUUAAUCAGAUUAAUCAUGAUUAUUCACCAUUAGCAACUCAUGAUUAUUCACCAUUAGCAACUAUGUCUGAAAAAAGCCCAUUUUUAACUGUAUUUAACAGGAUUACUUAUGUUUGUAUGUAUUAACAGCUCCAAAUGAACCGAAUAUGUCAAUCAAGCUAAAAGAUACCGGUAUACGCAAGUCAACACUAGUCUCUUUAAUAGCAGAACAUUGGAAUCACACUUUAAAAUGUGCUGUUAUGAGGAAUGGGGUUGCGUUAAAGACCACGUAAUUUAAGGUCAAUUUCAGUGUAUUUGUCAGCAUAAAUGUAGCGAAUUGUACAUCCGAAUUAAUAGAUACGAAGUGAGUAGCAAGAAAAUGUUUAUAUAGAUACACACACGCACACAUUAUAAAGCCGUUUUUGUGAUGUUCGUAGUGUCCCUGAAUGCAUCUCGCGGUCGUGUAAUGAGAAUGAGGAAGUGUCGUUCCCAGGAGAACGGACCAGAGGCGUGUGUGAGUUGGAGAUACAUCCAGUAUAUGGUGUUGGAAUUGUACUGCUGUUGAUGUGUUCAGGUCAGGAUGAAGUUAUAAAAGAACGUCAGACUGUGUGUGUG